UUGAGACAAGCAUGGCGCGAUAUUACUCAUCUGACGUGGUGCCAGACGCCCCUCGUUCGUGAGACACAUAGAGUUUGUUUUAUUUAGCCAAAUGGAGGGGAAUUCUUGGAAUUUGGAUAGUGUGCUGCUGUACUGUAUAAAAUACAAAGAUGCCUUUAUGACCUCUGAUCGGUUUUUCAAAUCUCCUUUCACCGUGGAAUGCCAUUUUUAUGUUUUUAUUUUAUGCUAGUAUUUUUUCGCAUCAAGUUCAUUUCCGUACGAACUGUAUCUGAAACAAAUAACUGGCUCACUAAUCCCAUACCCGGCAUAGUGCCACGAAGUUUUUGUGACAUGCCUCGUGGCGUCUGGCAUAAACCUGGAUUAGCUGAGCAGCCACUAAAGAACUGUAAAUUACUUUCACAGUCAUACGGUACCGUACCUGAUUUUAGCUUAAUCCACCUCUAUUUGAGUGAGGUUAUCUAUCCGGAGGUUUUGUUGAGUUAGAAAAUGAUUCCUAAAUCAGCAGAGCUGGUAAAGGCCACACAGUCAGAUCGUCUUAUGACGUCAUUUGAUCGUUUCCAACAAAAUGGGUUUCUUUGUGAUUUCGCCGUUGAGGUUGGUGGAAAAUCAUUUCGUGUUCAUCGAGCUGUGUUAGCUGCCUCCUCGGAAUACUUUGAAGCCAUGUUUUCAAGCAACAUGAAGGAAGUUCAUGACGGUCAUGUAAAUAUGAAGGAUGUCGAUCAGGAUGGGAUCGCACAAUGCAUAGAGUUCAUGUAUAAAGGAAAGGCAGAUUUGAUAAUGGAAAACAUUCAACAUAUCCUGCAAGCAUCCCAUUUUUUACAAAUGGUAGAUUUGAUGAAAUAUUGCUUUCAGUAUCUUCAAUCACAUAUUUCCCCAAUGAAUUGUCUCUCUGUUAUGAUAUUGGCUGAAACUUACAAUCGCCAAGAUGUAAAAGAGUUGGCAGAACAAGUUGCUGUCACCGAUUUCAAGUCUGUGAUUCCUUCACAGAUGUUUCCAUCCAUUAAAAAAUCGGAUCUCUUGCGUUUCUUGAAAAAUGAGUCUUACCAAACAGUAUGGCAAGCUGUCAAAACUUGGGCAAAAGGAAAAGGUGAUGCUGAUAUUUCUAAUUUCAUAGUUGACACAGGAAAAUUCCCAUUCAAAUUCAUUCUGGGAACAGUGCUAGAGGAUCCACUUGUGAAAAUGAACGAAACUUCAAGGAAUACAAUAAUCCAUGACUUGUUUUUGGAUGUCAACAAUCUUGAAAACAAUCUCGACAUUGACAACUGCUUUAUUCUGAAAAAUCUAGCUGAAAGUUACCAAGUCAAUGAUCCGACAACAGUCGCUAUUUUAAUUGGAUUUUUGGAGUCUCAUUUUGAGGAGAUAGUUGAGAAAAAUGAGUUCUGCCAUAUCAGCAAAAAUGAUGUUAUGAAGCUUCUGGGAUCAUCCAAUACAAAAUGCGAUUCUGAGAAAGUAAAAUGGCACGCGGCCAUCAAAUGGGUCAAAUAUGACAUUCAAAAAAGAGAGACAGAUUUCCAGGAUCUAUUUGAGCAUAUUGACCUUGAAAAAUUUCCAGUAGAGUUCCUGAAAACAACAGUACGAUAUGAUCGGUUGGUCAGAUCUUCUGAGAAGUGCAUCGAUAAACUAAUGGACGAAGUAAUGUCAAGGGCUCCUACCAAGCAGCAUGAUCAAACUACAGACACGGAAACUUCUAGCCAAUCAUCUUCGAAUCGAUCCAAGUUAUCAAGCCAGGGCUUAAAAUCGCAUGCAACUGCCAGAGGACCAAGGAGAGGCAAUUUGGAUUUGAAAAGUGGUGGAAUUUCUCAGCCUCAAAGAGCAACUACUCCUGGUCUUAGAAUUAUCAACCAACAACCUUCCGAGGGGAGUUUUUCUGUGGGAUUCUUGCUGAAAUCAUUACCAGGACAUUCCGAAUGUGGUACUAUUGUGAUCACCUACCUGUUUCCUCCUGGAAAUGUAAAGGGGGUUUCCUAUGAAGGACAAAAAUUUACGGAAUAUUUGCCGGGGAUUGAUGAUAAACAAGAAAUUCGCAGUUUGCUUGAGCGGGCAUUCAAUGCAAAAAUACUCUUCAAGAUUCUGGAAAUUAGUCUUGGUCGAGGGCAAAUCAUAUGGAAUGACGAAUUCCCUCACAAAACCAAACAAGACUGGAGUUCCAAGAAUAACGGAUAUCCUGAUAUGAAUCAUGUGAGGACACUUCAAAUUGCGCUGAAGGCAAAGAAAUUUCAAUAAAAAGACCUUGCCAACCAAAGGACAUGCUUAAAUACUAAAUGACAUGUAGAGCUUUAAUGGCCGAAAAAUUAAAUAAUUACUUGCAAAUAGCAUUAAUUUUAACAGAAAUUACCUUGUUUUGAAAUCAUGUCUUAUCUUUAUUCAAUCAAAAUAGUUGCU